ACCACAUCUCCCAAGAUGGAUAAGUUUCGUAUGAUGUUCCAGUUCCUCCAGUCCAACCAGGAAUCCUUUAUGAAUGGGAUCUGUGGUAUCAUGGCACUAGCCAGUGCACAGAUGUACUCUGCCUUUGAGUUUAGCUGCCCCUGUAUGCCAGAGUACAACUACACCUAUGGGAUCGGACUGCUCUUUAUUCCACCUAUAUGGUUCUUUCUGUUGGGUUUCGUGUUGAACAAUAAUGUGUCAGUGCUCGCAGAGGAGUGGAAAAGACCCACAGGGAAGCGCGGCAAGGAUCCAACAAUCCUUCGCUACAUGUUUUGCUCAAUCACGCAGAGAUCCUUGAUAGCACCUGCGGUGUGGGUGUCUGUCACUCUCAUGGAUGGGAAGAGCUUCCUCUGUGCGUUCAGCGUCAACCUGGACAUUGACAGGUUUGGGAAUUACAGUGUGAUGACGGGGCUGUCAGAGACAGAGAAGAUAAAACUGCUGGCGAGGAUUCCAUGCAAAGAUCUAUUUGAGCAUCAGGAAAUAAGAGUGGCAGCAUCACGAUACAUCAAGUGUAUAUCACAGGUAGCCAGCUGACUUGGUUUCUCCACUUUACUGUGA